CCGCUGUCCCGCGGCGAAAUAAGACGCACACACACACUCACACACACACACACACACUUGUGGCUCUGACUGCAUAGCUGUGCUACACAGCUGGGAGCCCGUGGCAUAAUCUAAACGCAUGAUACAGUUUUCCUUUACGUUCAAAAAACAUGUCCAUAGGAUACUAUGCCUCUCACGUUGCAACCUGGAGCUGGCGGCUUGUGCUGUUCGCGCCCAUGACGAUUCGCUGACGCGCCUCUAGCCGCACCACCCAGCGGGCAGGAGAGCAGAGCAGCGAGCGAGGGAGCGAGCAGAGGACUGGAGACCGGUCUCUCUCUUCCUUGUCUCUUUCCUUUUCCAUUGUGGACGGAGGCUGUGCACGUGCUGCACCGAAAAAACGAGCGGUUUUAGACAGUAGCAUCAUCCAGACUGUUCUGCUGUGCGGAGAUGGAGGUACCAGGCUUGGCGCACAACAUCACCAGCCCAUUAAGUCCGUGCGAGGGGAUGAUCAAGAACCUGAGCUUGGACGCCAUACAGUUAUGCGAGCGAGAGGGAAAUAAGUCCCAGGACAGCGGCAUCUCAGAGAUGGAGGAGCUCCCUGUUCCCCAGAACAUCAAGAUCAGCAACAUAACCUGCGACUCCUUCAAGAUCUGCUGGGACAUGGAGCCACGCGCCAAGGAGCGCAUCACACACUAUUUCAUUGACCUAAACAAGAAGGAGAACAAGAACUCCAACAAGUUCAAGCACAAGGACGUUCCCACCAAGCUGGUGGCCAAGGCCGUGCCCCUGCCCAUGACUGUGCGGGGCCACUGGUUCCUGAGCCCGCGCACAGAGUACACCGUGGCUGUCCAGACUGCAUCCAAACAGACUGACGGGGACUACGCCGUCUCUGAGUGGAGCGAGAUCAUUGAGUUCUGCACUGCUGAUUACUCCUCUGUGCAUCUAAACCAGCUGCUGGAAAAGGCAGAGGUCAUAGCAGGCCGGAUGCUGCGCUUCUCCGUCUUCUACAGGAACCAGAACAAAGAGUACUUUGACCAUGCCAGGGAGGUGCAGGGCAACCGGAUGCUCCCAUCAGUGAAGGACAACAGCGGCAGCCAUGGCUCACCCAUCAGCGGUAAGCUGGAGGGCAUUUUCUUCAGCUGCAACACAGAGUUCAACACUGGCAAGCCACCGCAGGACUCGCCCUAUGGCCGCCAUCGCUUCGAGGUGCAGGCCGACGCACUCUUCAACCCUGACACCAACCUGUACUUCGGGGACUUCUACUGCAUGUACACGGCCUACCACUACGUUAUCCUGGUGCUGGCACCGCGGGGCUCCCCGGGUGACGAGUUCUGCAAGCAGAGGCUCCCCGUGCUCGACAUUACCAACAACCGCUUCCUGACCUGCACGCGGGACGAGGAGGGCGACGGGGGCCUGGUGUUCCGCCACGCUCAGGACGUGAUCCUGGAGGUGAUCUACACGGAGCCCGUGGACCUGGCACUGGGCACAGUGGCUGAGAUCAGUGGGCACCAGCUGAUGAGCCUGUCCACUGUAAAUGCCAAGAAGGACCCCAGCUGCAAGACCUGCAACAUCAGUGUGGGACGCUAAGAAGGGCAGAAAGAGGAGCAGGAGGGAAGGACUAGAGGGGACUGACCUCAACACAUACAGGAUGAAGUACACACACGUACCGAUGAAGAAGACAAACACUCACGCAUGAAGAAGCAGUUUAGUAGGCUCCCCAACAUGCACACAGACAUAUCUCCAGCACUCCUCUGUAUUCUGAAAGACCAUCAUUCCCAAAGAAAACUGUGGAGAAAAAAAGAGAGGGAGACAUAUACACACACACACACACACACACACACACACACACGUACACAUACAAAUGCACACAUACACACAUACACACAUACACUCUCAUAUCAUUCACUCCCCAUCUGCAAAGGAUUACCUUAAAUGUUGAAAAUUUCCAUACUACCAUCAGUACAGUUGUUUCACAUAAGGGACCAUCAACCGAGAAAUGUAAAACCCCAUGACUUCUACCCAUCUGUGCAUCCAUCCUGCAGGCCAACACUGACUGAACCCUUUAACUGUACUAACCAAACAUGGACUCCAGCCCCCAUCGUUGCAUGUGCUCAUCGCUUCUCUGCAACUUCCCCUUCUGUUGUUUUCUUAUCAGUUGUCCCAUAUUUCAUCAGUGACCUUUGACCUGUUUUAAUUGAUAUGCUGUUGGUCAACCACUGUCCGUGUGGACAAGUGUGUGUGUGUUCUUGUUUCUACUUUAUUUUAGUGUCUGUCUCUCUGGAAUUGUUCUGUUGUCUUUCCAGAGGACAGAAUAUUUUAAGUUUCUUUCUACUUCCCACUAGUGGCAAGGACUGGUACUACAAUUUCUUAGGGCUGCAGCAUCAACAGUCACCUUUCUUUAUACCAAAGGUAUUAAAAACAGACAUUAAACCGCUGUGGAGUCAUAACACUAGUAAUGCAACAGCCUCUAAAACGUGUGCUCACUAACUACUUGAUGACCAAGUUUGAACUACUCUAACCUUUAAAAAAAAAGCAUGAUGCAGUUCUGUGCAGCAUGAGUUUGAAAACUGUCAGUACCUCUACCAUAGCUACCUUUCUGCAACCGUCUCUUUUAAUUUAUUCUAGUUGGUGAAAAGACAGAAAGUAGAACCAUAAACUGUGUUUAGCAGAGUAAAUGUGAAAAAAAAUAUUUAUUUUUCUUGAUAUAUAUAAAAAUAUAUAAACCAGAAGUGCACAAUGUCAAAAGCUCCGAUCAUUGUCAACAAUGGCAGUUAGGGGGUAUUAACAUUGUACAAGCAAAACAGGAGGAUAAACACAAAUUUGACAGCAGAAAUAACUUGCACUACUAUGCCAACAUUCACAACGUUUUUUUCCAAUGUAAACAUGUAACUUGAAAUCGUCACAAUUCAAAUCAACUUUGAAAUUUCUAUUGCAUAUCAUAGCACAAUGUAGGACAUGCACAAACAGUCUACAGGAUUGUCUGAUUGAUCGCAUUUAAGAUGAUAUCCUUCUUGCCAAGACAGCACUUUUCAAAAAAAAAAAAAAAAAAAAAUGCAUAAUUUCCACAUUAA